AUGCCGCCCCCGAGCAGGCAGGAAUCCCCGACGCCAGGACCCGUGUUUACAGGACCCGAAGUGUCGACCUGCCGCCCCCUGACACGGCCACCUUCCUCGCCCUCUUUCGAGAGAACUUUGAAAAACGACCAAAGAAACAAAACCUGCUUCAAGACCCCCCCCGGGGCCGCCCACGAGACCCGCCUCCCCGAGCGGACUCGAGCGGACCCCGACGGGAUCGACGGACUCGCGCGGGACCCGCCCACGGACCCGCGGACCGCCGGGACUCGCCGACUCGAGCCCACGGACCGCCCGCGGACCCGGCCCGGGACUCGACCGGACCUCGAGCGGGAUCGCCGGGACUCGAGCGGACCACGGGACGCCAGCGGACUCGAGCCCCGGACCCGCGACUCAGCGGACUCCGACGGGACCCCCAGCGAGGACUCCCGCCACGGGACCCCCGCCGACAGACCCGCGACCGGACCCCGGCUCGCGCCGGACCCGCCCGCAGGACCGACCACGAGGACCCCCCCCAGGGACCGCCGCGAGGACUCGCGCCGGGACCGCAGCGGACCUGCCACGGUCCCGUCCUAUCGGCACAAUAUCCUUUCGCCACGCUCCCCUCCCCUCAUGACCCCCCCGGAUUCCCCUAUGACCGCCUCAUGUCCGAUCACAGUUCCCACCAGGACCCUCCCCAGGAUCCUCUCCCUACCUUCCUAUCCUCACAACUCCCCCCCACAGCCUGCCCUAGCCCCCCGCCCAGGACCCGCCCGACCCGACAGCCGCCCUAGACCCCCACAGGACCCCCCGCCCACAGGACCCGCCCACAGGACCCGCCCACAGGACCCCGCCCCCAGGACCCGCCCACAGGACCCGCCCACAGGACCCGCCCCACAGGACCCGCCCACAGGACCCGCCCACAGGACCCCCCCGCCCACAGGACCAGAAGUGGGCGGACCGAGAAAGCCCGUUGUGGCAUUCUGGUAUUGA